AUGCGCAGGACCAGCAGCAACGGCCUCAAGCUCGACCUGACGGAGAACACGCCAGGUAGCUCGUUGUCGCGGCUGCCGAAUCUGGUCGAGCAUGCGGAGACCUGCCAGGCGCUGUCCGCCGGAACCGGUGAGAAUUUGAGCAGCAAACUGCCUAACGUGGUUGAGGGCUCGAUGGACUAUGGUAGCGAGCGAAGGUCCUCCCGUUACCUGGAGUACCAAGAGAUCAAGUCCUAUCAGGACCCCCAGUCGUCCGCCUCGGCGGCGCCGGCCUACGAGGGGGCCUAUCACGAUCAGGCCCGGGGAUACCGGAACUACGAUCGUAAGGGUGUCGGCUUCGAUCGGGAGAACCUCGAGAGGUACGACAACAGGAUCUACCCGGAGGACGGGCUGAGAUACGGCGCCGAUCGCCGCGUGGAUCAGCACACCUACCAGGAAUCGGACCUGGACGCGCCUUACAAUCGUAACGACGCGCAGAAGCUCAGCAGGGCUUAUCCGGAGCUUCAGGACCCCAGCAGGCGGUACUCGCGCGACCUGACCGACUACGAGUACGCGUCGCGCUACGCCGAGGAGACGCUGAAGCUGGAGCCCAAGAAGGAUCCGCACCAUCACCAUCAUCACCCGGGCAAGAUCUACGAGCAAGCUGCCUCCAAGGGUUACGAGUCCGGCGUGAAGACUCACGAUUCCGCUUACGAUCUGGGCACCUGCGCCGGACAGCAGGAUCCGCCGGCCAGACAGUAUGAGAGCAAGUAUCACUCGGUCAGCAAGAUGUACGGCACUCUGCCCAGGUACGAGACCAGCAAGUCUUACGAGCCGACCUACGAGUCCAGGCCCACCUUCGAGCCCAAGUACGACGAGCAGUCGUACGAGUGCGGUGCUAAGCCCUACGAAUCCAAGUACGAGCUGACGAGCUCCAAGAGCUACGAGAGGGCAACCAAGUAUGAGGGCACCUCGUCGUCCAGAUACCAGGACAAGUCGUACGAUCAGACGUUGAAGAUCGGCGAGCUGGGCUCGUCCUCCUCCGGCGCGUAUGUCAGGAAGCACCAGGAUCAGGAGGAGACCGGCGCCGCGGAGAAGAUGAACGGAUACAGGAAGAAUAAUUUUGAGGCUUACGGGGUUUAUUCGGAUCCCGAGGACGACCACGGCUUCCUGGCGGACAAGAAGGCGCCCCAGUAUACCUACAAGGGCGUCGUGGUGAACGUUAGCGGGGAGUCCGCGGUGGUCGAUCAGAAACGGUCCAAGGACAGCAGGCAAACCGAGGUGAUCAGAAGCCCUUGGUGCAGGCCCACGAUACUGCUGCUCCUGCUGGUGCUCCUGGUCGUUAUCUUCGUCUUCGUCGCUGGAAUACUGUUGUACUUUAAUUACAUGUCCUACAAGCCGCGCCAUCCCAUUAUCGAGGGUAAGGAUCUAAAUUUCGCCAGUAAUAACGCGGCAAGAAGCGGCGCACCCAUAGUGAGACCCUUCGCGGAGAAUGUAUUUUGACGAGUAUGCAGUACUUGCAAAGAAAAUAGCUGCAACUACAACAUCAGAUCGAAAAAUAAUUAAAUAUAGAAUUAAAUAUAGAAAUGUAACAAAUUAAAUUUAAGUAAAAUGUACGAAAAGUCACAAUAACACAUAAGACAUUUUUUAAACGUUGUAUAAA